AUGCCGAGUCUUGUGGAACCCUUCCAUUGUGCAUUCCACCAGAUACUUGCAGCAUCAGCAUUAGCCGCUAUUAGCCAUUUGGCCCAACAGCCCCAAGGUGCCCAAGGUGCCCAAGGUGCCCAAGGUGCCUCAGAAUGCCUCAGACCUCGGCCCACAUGGAUCCAAUGGAUCCAUGGCUUCCACUGGAUCCGUGGCAAACUUCGUCGCUUGAACGGCGAGUUGUUGGAGUUCAGUCGCACCUACCAAGAGGCCAAGCUGGUGACGAACAAAGACUUGAAGCAAUACCUUGCCAGAAAUGACCUCAUCGAUGAUGGGGACCACGUCGAUUGGGAGAUGGAGCGAGGAUCAGUUCAGUAUGUGGUUGCCGAUGUGAUGACAUUCACUCCCGACAAAGUGCCCUGUGGCGACAACAUGGACGACUUGGUCAUGUACUACCAAGAUCUUCAUCAAUUGCUGGACCCGGAACUCCUCAUCACUUCCACCUACCAGAUUUGGAAACAGAGAGGCCACGUCUUUUGCGAGAGUGUUUUCCUUGCCUGGAACUUGGCCAUCCGAAGCCUCUCGCACCAGGUCUAUGCCAGGCCUUUCAGAAAAACGAUCCUUCACAGUUGCUUAGCCCUUCUUGAUCUUCUUGCAGCUCUCGACGAAGAAUUUAUCCGGGAGGAUCAUCACUGCGACUCAUUCUUUCCCUUUGGCGGUCUUCGUUUUGGACUUGGAGUAGAUUUGGUGAUGGCGCUGAUUGACAAAGGAUGA